CAGAGAUGCCACAUGUGUCACACUGGAGUGCCGCAGACUUGUUUGCAGUGCCGCAAGAGGUCCCGCCUGAGUGCCGCAGUGUGCCGUGGAGUCUGCGGCACACUGUUCUGGAGUGCCGCAGGAAUGAGAUCUCCAUUGCUGCCGCCGACGACAAUGGCGUCUGGAAUAGUCCCGCUGCCUGCGCGGAUCAUUCCCAGGUCCAUCAACGUCUCAGCCGACGUGUUGAUCGUCGUUGAUGUCGUCGAGAUCAAUCAUGUGGAGUAUUCGGAGUGCCGCAGGGGUACCGUGGCAGUGCUCCUGCAGCACUUUCAAUGAGCCCUAUCACCUUAGGUUUUAAAAGCCUCUUUGUAGUCUAGGAGCUACAUACUGAGUGCGCAUUUCAAAAACAAGCCACAAAGGCAGGAGAUUCCCUGAAAAUGGCGCGAAUUGGCAGGCUCGAGCGCGCCGCCAUCAACGACGAGCACGCUUAUGACGUCGGGAACGGUCAUCGGAGGCUUCGAGUAAGCAUAUUCACGUCCUCGAG